AUGAACCCUGCCUCUAUUCGCCAUUUUCUGUUUACCGGCAAUACCAACUCGUCCGUAACACGGAAUAUUAACGAAUUCAAAGUCUUUUUCGGACAGUUCGUCUCUCACGACAUGUCGAAAACUGCCGGGUUAAUAUUCAAUGCAAGACCAAGAGAGCAGAAGAAUUUACAAACUUCCUUUUUGGAUCUUUCUAAUAUAUACGGCACCUCAGAAUAUGGCAUCAAUUAUCUUCGAUUGAAGAAGAAAGGUAUGAUAAAGAUGGUGAAAUGCGGAGAUGACAUUUUACUUUCCCCGGAUUGGAAUGGGAUUACUGGGUGUGAAAAUUCAAAAUAUCCGUGUAUGCUUGCAGGGGACUUAAGGCUUAAUCAACACCCAAUCCUGACGUACCUGCACGUCAUCUGGACCCUGGAGCAUAACCGGGUCGCCGAGAAACUGUACAACUUGAACCCAGACUGGACAGACGAGCGCCUCUUUCAGGAAGCAAGUAAAUUAGUCCGGGCUGAAUACCAGCACAUCGUCUACAAUGAACUGUUACCAAUCAUUAUUGGAGACAAAGCUCUCUCUGGAUCAGCAUCGCCUCGCCUGUCUACUAUCUACUUCACAACCGAGUAG